CCGGGACUAGACCGACUCCUGCUCCGGGACUAGACCGACUCCUGCUCCGGGCUCAACUUCAACGCUCCUUCCUCACCUCGUUUCACCACGUUCUUCACACCUUUGACCCCCCUGCUCACUUUCCUGCCGUGGAUGCGUGCACGAAGCGUGGAUGAUUAUGUUUGAAAAGGAGUCAGGACAACCACUGGACCAGUCUUCAGCCACAGCCAUGCCCUCCAACAAAUACUCUGCUGCUAUCCUGGAGGAGAGCAACAACAUGACCGCCACCGCGCCGGUGAACGGAGACACUCCUCCAGCUGAGGGCCUAUCAGAGAACAACAGUGGUGUGGAGCUGACCAAUGAGAACAGCCCUCUGACCGCGGCUGAACCGCCCUCCCCCUUCAGUCCCAAGCAGAACGGAGACGCCGCCUCACCUCAAGAUGAUAACCAGUGUUCGAGGGGAAACAGGAAGAGAAGCAGGAAGAAGUCUGAGGAGGAAGAAAGCACCUGGGACUCCUACAGCGAGGACAAGUCCUCAGGAGCAUCUCAGUUGGGUUUGAGACAGACACCUCGACCCAGAACCAUCUUCCAGGCCGGACUGACGCCGCACACGCACACCAAACCUCGGAGACAAAACCGCAAACAGGAGCACAGCACGUUACCGUAUGGUGGUGGUCCUCGGGGGGCUGCCGUUGCGUCCGGCGGGGUCCCAGAGGCCCCCCGUCUGGAGCUGAUGGAACAAGACUCCAAGGACUCGGCCCAGAGCAGCAGCACCUCGUCCAGCGUCGAAAUCCAGCCGGAGUACAAUGACAACAAGGGUUUUGGCAUCGGCGAGCUGGUUUGGGGGAAGAUCAAGGGCUUUUCCUGGUGGCCCGGCAUCGUGGUGACGUGGCGCGCCACCGGCAAACGGCAGGCCAAUCACGGCAUGAGGUGGCUGCAGUGGUUUGGAGACGGCAAGUUCUCGGAGGUUUCAGCAGACAAACUGGACUCCAUCACUGCCUUCCCCAAGUUCUUCAGUCAGGCUUCCUACACCAAGCUGGCGUCCUACCGCAGAGCUAUCUUCCAGGCGCUGGAGAUGGCCAGCAUCCGCGCAGAGAAGACGUUUUCUCCCUGCGAGUCGGACAAUCCAGAAGACCAGGUCAAACCCAUGCUGGACUGGGCCAACGGCGGCUUCCUGCCCAAAGGAGAGGAGGGACUCAAGCCGACACACACCACCGACAGCAACCCUCUGGACCACCAGGUCCUCGAUGUGUCCCUGCCAGAGUACUUCCCCAGCGCCAAGCGGCCCAGAGUCAGCCUCUGUAAGGGCAAGGCCGCCCCCGAGGAGUCCUACAGCCGAGAACAAAUGGUGAAUGAAGUUCUGAAGAAUAAAAGAAGUAUAGAAGAGUUCUGUCUCUCUUGUGGAAAGAUGAGGGCUGCAACCUUCCACCCGCUGUUUGAAGGAGGCCUGUGCCAAACAUGCAAGGACGUUUACCUGGAGAUGUCCUACAUGUACGAUGACGACGGCUACCAGUCCUACUGCACCGUUUGCUGUGGAGGACGCGAGGUUCUGCUCUGCGGCAACGCCAACUGCUGCAGGUGUUUCUGCGUGGACUGUCUGGACAUCCUGAUUGAUCCCGGAGCGUCGAACAACGCUCGCCACCUGGACCCGUGGCGAUGCUACAUGUGCCAGCCGCUGCUGCAGUACGGCGUCCUGAAGCGACGGCACGACUGGAGCCUCAAGCUGCAGGAGUUCUUCGCCAACGACAACGGACAGGAGUUUGAGAAACCAAAGAUUUACCCAGCAGUCCCUGCAGAGCAGAGACGACCAAUCAGAGUCCUCUCCCUGUUUGACGGCAUUGCCACUGGCUACCUGGUUCUAAGGGACCUGGGUUUUAAGGUGGACCAGUACGUGGCAUCAGAGGUGUGCGAGGACUCCAUCUCAGUGGGCGUCGUCAGACAUGAAGGAAAGAUCCAGUACGUCCACGAUGUCAGAGACAUCACAAAGAAAAACCUCCUGGAGUGGGGUCCGUUCGACCUGGUGAUUGGAGGAAGUCCCUGCAACGACCUGUCAAUCGUCAACCCCGCCAGGAAAGGCCUGUAUGAAGGCACAGGGAGGUUGUUCUUCGAGUUUUACCGUCUGCUGAGCGAGGCCAAGCCCAAAGAAGGAGAGGACCGGCCGUUCUUCUGGAUGUUCGAGAACGUGGUCGCCAUGGGCGUCAACGACAAGAGGGACAUCUCACGAUUCCUGGAGUGUAACCCGGUGAUGAUCGAUGCCAUCGAGGUGUCUGCAGCUCACCGCGCCCGGUACUUCUGGGGAAACCUGCCAGGCAUGAACAGGCCUCUGUGUGCCUCUGGGAUGGACAAGCUGGAGCUGCAGGACUGUCUGGAGCACGGCAGAGUCGCGAAGUUUGGGAAGGUGCGUACCAUCACCACCCGCUCCAACUCCAUCAAACAAGGGAAGGAUCAACACUUCCCCGUCCUGAUGAAUGGGAAGGAGGACAUACUGUGGUGCACGGAGCUGGAGAGGAUCUUUGGCUUCCCUGUCCACUACACAGACGUGUCCAACAUGGGCCGCGGUGCCAGACAGAAACUCCUGGGCCGGUCCUGGAGCGUCCCUGUCAUCAGGCAUCUGUUCGCACCGCUGAAAGACUACUUCGCCUGCGAAUAGACCCCACCCAUCACCAGCAAACCAACGCCACUUCUGAAUAAACACCAGCUGGCUCCAACUAACAUCUGCCACCAACCAAAUUUUACAAAGAGCUGAAGUUUUCUGAAGCAGCCAGUUUCACUGGAAGUCAGUGCAGCUGGGAAACAGUAGCUGUUAGACUGUGUCCCGCCCUUUGUGGGGGCUGGUGAUGAUGCACUGCAGCACAUAACACACACUAACACAGACAUUCACAAACACAGCGAGGGUGAGCACCCUGCCUGUGGUUUAUCACUACCCCAUACUGGCAGAAAGAGAUGCAGGUCAAAGGUCGGGUGUCUGAUUCAUGAAACUGCAGCCAAUCAGUGUCACUGAUUCAUGACGGAGGCCGGCAGGCUGCUUCGCCUCUGCGGAGGUUCGGCCGAGUUAAAAGGACAAAAGACGACACCCGACUCUUCUGCUCUGCUCGAUAACGUUCGGCCUGUGCAGUGAUUUUAACGGCAUCUCUUUUCUGUUAAAAUGCCUUCGGAAGGCGCGAUUUUAAGUUGACAACUAAACUCAGUAGUUUUAGAAACUAGAGCAGCAGAGCAGCUUCUCAAGAAGCUCCGAUCAGACUUUUUCCAGCGGUCGCUCGUCCCGCCGUUAGCCGACGCUCGACGUGUGCGACGAGCAGGCUGCUGAUUCGGCUGCUCACCUGGACUGAAACACUUCAGAGCUCACUGGAACCAAAGUCAUGAGGUGGACGGCCGAAGCUCUGCUCGCUUUCGAGGCUCCCUGCUGCCCCGCAAGCCUCUGCCUGAAUGUGUCUUCUCAAAAGGGUUUGUUUCAUCGAUGCGUCCGCAAGGCCCGGACAUGUGACUGUGGGUUUCUGUCCAAAUUCUGAGGUGAUAAACAUCCACAGCUGUACUGGAUCAGAAAAGGUGAGCAUCUGUUCAUUCUUACAGAGACAAAACGAUCAUUGUUUUGUUCGCACUCAGUGCAGUGAAGCCUCGUGGGGGCUGUAGUUGUUCACUGCUAACAAAAUGAUCCCUUUCCUCUGGAAAAGUGAUGAGAUGCUGAGUUUUUCCUUGACAGUAGAGCAGUAGGUAUUUGUUUAGAUUCAAAUAUGGAAAGAAAACCUUAUUACCAUGUUUGAGUUUCUCCAAAGACCAGUGAAAGAAUAACCUGGAGCCCCAUGUGAUCUCAUGUGAUCUAAAUGAAAGAAGCCCACUGUGGGAAACUACAGCAGUGAAGCUAGUGGACCGCAGAUAACCUGGAAAUGAAGCAGGAGUUCAGCUUCACGUCUAGACGAGUUCAUUUUUGUAGUUUUUUUGUUGUUUGUUGAAAAAAACAAAACAAUAAUUUCACUUUUUGUCUUUUUCUUUGAGAUGAGCUCAUGAGAGCAAAAUCGCUUCCUUAAAAAAGAAAGAAAAAAACAUUAUAUUAGAUUAUAAGAUUAUAUCCAGAUGUUUUUGUAUGAUAGUGUGAAGCUUGUUGUUAUCCUGUUUUACUGUCACAGCGACAUCUCCCUGAUAGCUACGUACAAAUACUUGAAACAAGCCAAUGCAAAAACAGAGAAUGGGUUUUUUGUCUUUUCCAACCGUUCCAGACAGGUAAGAAUUAAAGAGUGACGGCAUUCAUCCUACUGUAGAUGUUUAGAUGUUGUGUUAAAAAUAAAAAUGUUUUAGUUUACUGUAAUGACUGACUGCCAGUGUGUCCACAUGCUGGAGGUCCUGGUAAAGGUCCAGAUGGAUCCAGGAGAGAGUGAGUGUAAAGACGUGGUGGGAAACACUGGUGAACAUGCAAUGCUUCUGUAAACUAGUAUGACUGCAUUUGUUUAAAGGAGUUUCAUGGUUUCUAAAAAUCUGACCGCCAUGAAAAUCAUCUGUAUGAUGCUGGUUGAUGCUGGUCUUUGCUCUGUGUGGUGCACGUGCUGUGGCAUGCAGCAUGUAGAAAGAAGUUACUGUGUUUAGCCUCAAAGUGAGAAAACAAGAGGGUGAACGUGUGGUGCACAUUCAUUGCCAUUGUUUCCUCUAAUGUAGAAUUUAAUACUCCUUAAUAAUGAUAAAACUUCCAAAGUGUACGAUGACUUGUCAUACUGUCCGCUGAAGCACUAGCAUGUUGUUUACUGGGCUGUUUAUUUGGAUACCAGCCCUCUUCAACAGACCAAAUUCAGAAAAACUCAGUGUUUUCCUCUGAAAUGUCUUUUUUUCUUUGCUUUGUUUUGAUAACUGGAAGAUUUUUAAAUGCUGUCGGCUGUCACCAAAUCAUCCUAAACGGGCAUUACCUCAGACAAAGGGGCAACGGUGCGUCACUCCUCCUAUAGGAUCUCUGUUCUGUGAAUAUAUACUGUAGCUUUCUGCUCCCACGUGCCCUGUACACACACACACACACACACGCACAUAUAUCUUUUUGUCACUGGAACAUUUUUACACAGUGUUUUGCGUACUGUAUCGAUAGAAAGGUUUACAAGUGUCUGAACUCUCUUGUUUGACCAAUUGCAUUAUUUUUUUACACAGAAUGCACAAGCGUCCUUAAAGAACGUUUAGAACUGUAAGUCUCCUCCACGGUGCUCAAAAGGCCCCUUAAAGUGCCAUCAGGAACCUCUCUUAGUCUGAUUUUCAAGUCCUUUAAAAAGCCAAAAAGUAAUUGUUUACAUGCUUCAUUAAUACUGCUGAACUUGUUGAAUGUUUUGCUUGAAAACAGUACGCAAAAAAUCUUUUUUCUCUUCUUUUUGUAACUGCUUUAAGACUUUUUGUAUAGAGAAUACAUACAGUACACGUAUAUUAACAUAGUAUAAAGCUUGCUUGACAUUUGUAAUGUUACAGUAUGAUAGAGAGCAUUUAAUUAGCGUAUUAAUCAAUAGCUUUUUGAUAUCUUGUGUUAUGUAGAUGUAAACCAUUUGAGUGUGUAUUUGUAGGCUUGAGCGUGAAUGAUAUCUGAGAACAGUUUCGACGUUUCCUAAAACCUUUUUGUUCUUUAUCUUUCAUCAGAAUCAUAUCUGACGAUUUGUUUUGCUUUUUUAUAAACCUAAGCAUUUUAAAACAACAGAUUCUCUGCUAUUUUUAUACUUUAUUUGAAUUGUUAGUGGAAAUGUUUGUGUACUUAUAGCAUCCUAUACAUAAUUUUUACUCAAUAAAACGCAGCUUGACUGCUAA